GAAUGGGUCGUCCACUCUACUGGUUAUGGUUAUGGGAGUCCAUGAGACGUAGUACAAAUGCAGAAACACUACUUUGAGUCCCAAAGCUCUCAACUUUUCCAUCAAUGGUGAGAAGAGAAACAGAUCCCUUAUUUUACUUCUUCUCAUUCUGUAUAAUCUUCAUUCAGUUUUCUAAUUCCCAAACAGACACUAUAGAACAGGGUCAACAACUCAAACAUGGGAUGCACUUGUUCUCCGCUUCUGGUAUUUUCAGGCUGGGAUUCUUCAAACUUGGCUCUUCAAAUUCAAAUCUUUCAUACGUAGGAAUAUGGUACAACAAUGGAGUUAACGAGAAACCAGUAUGGGUGGCAAACCGUAAUAACCCAAUUCCAGACGAGUCGGGAACAAUCGGAAUCGAUCAAUACGGAAACUUGAAGAUUUCCCACAACGACGGAGACCCCAUUGUUACUCUGUACUCUGCUCAAUCUCCGAUUAAUGCCAGAGCAACUCUGCUCGAUUCAGGAAACUUUGUUCUACGAGAAUCGAGUAAUCAUCUAUGGCAAAGCUUUGAUUAUCCUACUGAUACCCUUUUGCCUGAAAUGAAGCUCGGAUUUGACCGGAGAACUGGGCUCAAUCGGACUCUGACUUCUUGGAGGACUGAUGAUUUUCCUGCUUUGGGUUCAUUCACUCUUGCUAUAGACUCAGACCAAAUGAUCGUGUGGUGGAGAGGAAACAACUAUUGGGAAAGUGGGCCAUGGGGAGAUGGGUGUUUUGAUUCGCUAAAAGACGAGUUCUGUAACCAUUUCAAGUACAAAUUUAGCUAUACUUCAAAUGAGGAAGAGACUUACAUGAAUUACUCAGUAAGUAAGGAAAUCACAAUUUUCCCAAGACUUAGUUUGAGCCCAGAUGGUGAAAUCAAGGGAUAUGGGAUGAAUCUCAUGUUUACACAAGUUUCAUGCUUGAGUUCUUCAUCUUCUUCUUCUUUGAGAUUUGGUUGCGUGGAGCAGAAGCUACCUUCCUGCAGAAGCAGUAGCCUUGAUAAUGAUAAGUUUGUAUCCAAAGUAGGAGCCAUGUCUGGUACUGUGUUCAAGUUCAAUGAAAAAGAUAAUCUCACAAUCUUUGAUUGCUGGGAAAAGUGUUUAAAGGAUUGUUCUUGUGUUGCUUAUGCUUCUACAAAUGAUGACAUUGGUACUGGUUGUGAGAUUUGGUCCAAAGAUUCGACCUUUACUGAUAACAAGUUGGCUAGUUUGAGAAAGAUUCAUCUCCUUCAGUCUGGAGUACAAAUGUGGAUAUGGCUAUUAAUUAUAAUAGGAGUAACAGCUACUUUACCAUUGGUGAUAUCCUUAUUGUAUGUUCUGGUAAAAAGAUGUAAGGCCAGAGGUAAUAGGCAAAGAAUGGAACAGGAAUUGUUAUUGCAAGAACUUGGCAAAGCUGGAAAGCUUCGUAAAGAUGGGAAUGAAUUGCAGUUAUUCAGCUUUGAAAGAAUUUCCAUUGUCACAAAUGGUUUCUCUGCAUCGAAUAAGCUAGGAGAGGGUGGCUUUGGACCAGUUUAUAAGGGGAAAUUUGUAGAUGGACAAGAAGUAGCAGUAAAAAGAUUAUCAAGAAGUUCAGGGCAAGGGCUAGUGGAAUUCAAGAAUGAGGUUUUACUGAUUGCUAAACUCCAACACACUAAUCUUGUCAGGCUUUUGGGAUUUUGUAUUCAAGGAGAGGAGAAAAGUCUCAUCUAUGAGUACAUGCCCAACAAAAGUUUAGACUUUUUUCUCUUUGAUGAAAGGAGAAAGUGUUCAUUGACUUGGGGAAAACGGUUCAACAUUAUUGGAGGGAUUGCUCAAGGACUAGUUUAUCUUCAUAAUUAUUCAAGGUUAAAAGUGAUUCAUCGAGAUUUAAAAACAAGCAACAUAUUACUUGAUAAAGAGAUGAAUCCAAAAAUAUCUGAUUUUGGCAUGGCUCGGAUAUUUGGAUUGAAUGUAUCAGAAGAAAACACAAACAGAGUUGUUGGAACAUAUGGUUACAUGUCUCCAGAGUAUGCAAUUAAAGGCAUUGUAUCAGUAAAAACAGAUGUAUUCAGCUUUGGAAUCAUACUACUAGAGAUUAUUAGUGGAAAGAAGAACAACAGUCGGUACCAUUCAGAGGAACCCCUCAAUCUUAUUGGAUAUGCGUGGCAGUUGUGGAGUGAAGGUAGAUGUGUUGAGUUAGUAGAUUCAGGACUAGUAAAAUAUAAGUUGAGUGAAGUAUUGAAUGGCAUUCAUAUUGGGUUGUUGUGUGUACAAGAGCGCCCUGAAGAUAGGCCAACAAUGCCAGAUGUUGUUUCGAUGUUAUCUAGUGAUACCACUCUACUACCUUCACCAAAACAGCCGGCGUUUUUCAUAAGUGAUGUUCUUAUUGAAGAUGUCGAAGUUGGUAUAAAAAAAGCACAGAAUUGUAGCUUAAACGAUGUAACUAUGUCUGUUAUGGAAGCGAGGUAGAUAGUACUGUAAAAAAACUACAUCUCAAAUAAUUGAGUAUCUUGUAAAUACAUAUGUAUACUUUGUAGAAUACAUGAUUUAUUGAGUUAGGGGUGGCCAAGCCACUUGUAUCUUUGUAAUUUUAUAUGUAUUUAGGGCUC